CAAGAAAUGGCCCGGUUGAUGUUGCGAAUGAAAGUAUCCAUGAUACUGACCGGUGUAUUUUUUACGCUUUACUUUGGACUCCAGCCAGUAACAGAGUGGUUUGAAAGAAAGGAUCUAGUGGCUGCACCCGAAGAAGUUGUCUUUGUGAACACCUCCGUUUGUCAUGUAAGUGGCCAAUGGAAGCCGACGGGGUUUUACUCUUCGAUUGAGCCGGUCAACAAGUUGCGGUGUCGGAUGCCCCAACUACUUAUUGCGAUAACUCAAGAUGGUAGCAAUUUUCUGGAGGCCAGAAGGAUUUCAGAGGACUUGAGUUCUUAUGGACACUUCGAUCUGAAAAGGGGUGCGACCAGAAAAAUUAAGAUCGGCGCUGGAGAGCAAAUAGUUCGCAUUAGGUGCUUGGACAAGUUUAAGGCAAGCAAAUACCAUGACGUGCUUUAUUUUUUCUCUCCGCCUGAUCCCAAAUUGAUGUCGACAGAGAGUCCUGAAAAAUUGUCUGUGAUGGUCUUGGGCAUUGACUCAGUUUCUCACAUGCAUUUUGUGCGAUAUUUUCCCCUCGUGAAGGCCUUCUUAGAAAACCACCCGCACACGAAAUUCUUCGGCUACAGUCGUGUGGGCCUGGAUGCAAAUGCCAAUUUAGUCCCUUUUCUAGGUGGCGAAAGUAGUCGAGUAGCGGGCUCAGACUUUCUAUCCGACGACAAGGCGUGGCUGUGGGACAGCUUCAAGAUUGAAGGCUACAGCACUGCCUACGGUGAGGAUAACGCUAAAGGAAUCCUCUCCAGUAGGAACGGGGACAAAGAGCUUCCCAAAAUUCCAGUUGAUUUUGAUUUGACUCCUGUAAUUGUCGAGAUGAAUAAUCACACGCGCUAUAGCAUCGAUCUGAAGGAGAUGAUCCACUGCACGGCAGGCCGUAAAUUCCAAGAUGUUCUCAGAGACUUUGUACUCCAUCUGGUACCCUAUAUGCAAGGAAUCCCAUUUUUCUCGGUUUUCUGGCAGUCGCAGGGUGUCCAGGAGUACUAUGAAUAUGCCUGGCAAUUGGACCAUUCCUAUAUGAUGCUUUUGAAGAAGUUGCUGGACGCAGAUAUUCUGAACAACACUCUGCUGCUUCUGAUGUCUGACCACGGCCUGCGAGCUGGUGAAUACCGCAUGAGCCUUCAGGGCAUGAAGGAAGAAUCACAGCCUUUAAUGGUGGCAAUAUACCCGGAAUGGCUAAAGCGGAAAUACCCUUUGGCAGUGGGGAAUCUUGAAAGCAACGCGCAUAGCCUGAUCACUCCGUACGAUCUUCGUGAAACCCUGGCGGAUGUUAUAGCUCUUGGUCAACUGAAGGACGCCAACAUAGAGGUCAGCAUGAAAAGACUCCAGACCCAUCCCCCAAAUAGGUUGCCCAGGGGCAUAAGCCUCUUUCUUCCGAUUCCCGACCACAGGACCUGCGACUUGGCUCACAUACCUUCCCUAUUCUGCUUUUGCCGCGAGCUCACCGAACUUCCCACAGACGACGGCUUGGUCCUUCGAAGCAGUCGCUUUAUGGUGGAAUCCAUCAACCAGCUUAUCAAGCCAUUCGGGCAGUGCCGGCAGCUGAAGCUCGAAAUGGUUCUACUGGCCUACUUUUUGGACUUCGGCGAAGAGUCCUUCGUCUACGAGUUGAGGCUGCGGGUGCGGACGAGUCCGGGGAAUGGGGUUUACGAGGCCACCGUUCGUCUGUCGGACGUUCUACUUUUGACCAGUCCCAUCAGUCGGGUCAGUCAUUACCUGCGGCAGUCCCCUUGCAUCGGCGAUCCAGACCUACAAAUAUUUUGCUUCUGUAUUUGAGGGGUGUAUUUGAUGGAUUGACCUACAAGUCGCCCAAAGAUGCCAAGACCACACUUUUGAAAAAUGUGUUGAUAUUUUUUCAUAUUUUUAUUAGUUUUGUAAAUUUAUACGAUCUGACAAAAAACC